AUGGAUAUUGUGGCCUGGGACCUGAUGUCUGACAAUACAACGCCGUCUGUGGCGAAAAGGAAUGUGUCGGAAAUUGCGACAGAACGUCGGAGAAUUCUGUGGAACGAAAAAGGUCAGAAGACCGACCCCGAUCUCAAAGUGUUCAUUGCCGUUGGUGGCUGGGCCUUCAACGAUCCUGGAGCUACACAGAAUGUGUUCUCGGAUCUUGCUGCUUCGGAAAAGAAUCAGAAAAAGUUUUUCCACUCCGUGCAGAGUUUCAUGUCUACUUACAACUUUGACGGCAUCGAUCUUGACUGGGGGUAUCCUGUCGCGGAUGAUCGUGGCGGAAAGAAGAGAGACUUUGCCAAUUUUCCGAAGUUCUUGGCCAAUCUGAAGCGAUCUCUCAAAACGACCGGCGGACGAGAUGGAGUCAGCAUCACGGAGAUCACCAAUGCUCUUGAUCUACUUUGGCGGAAUGGCAUCCAACCAAACAAAGUUGCGUUGGGUCUUGCGUUCAAUGCUCGCGUGCUCACUGCUGCUGAUUCAAACUGCAGAGAGCCAAGGUGUCUGUUUGUUUCCGGAGGAAAUGCCGGAAAAUGUAGUCGCGAAGUCGGGAUUUGGCUGAAUUCUGAGAUCUCGGACAUCAUGAAGAAGGGAAACCUCGCGUCUCAAUUAGACAAAAAUGCUGCUGUGAAGACCCUGAAGUUUGACACCAAUCAAUGGCUUACUUAUGAUGAUGAAGACACUUUCAAACUGAAAGCCGACUUUGCACGAAGCCAAUAUCUCGGUGGUGUCAUGGGACGCGCCGUGGGCCGAGAAGUGACGUCGCUCAUCAAUCGACGGGUCGACGAAGAUGGAGACACCUCCAUGGAAGUCCAAAAGACUCAUCCGCAGUGCAAAUGGACAAACUGCGGCGAUGAUUGUCCAAGUGCACAGGACAGCACAUAUUUUGCUGCCCUUCAAGCCCCGAUUUUACCAAAUGUGGAUGGUGUAAUCACAAUAAUGGUCAGUGCGAUUCCAAGUGUCCUUCUGGGUACACCGAAAUCGCUUUACUCCAAAUACGACUGGGCUGGAGAGUUUGACCAAUGCACAACAAAGUGUCCCAGCGACAAGUCUGAGAUCGCUCUCUCAACCACUGGUAGUGGUGAUUUUUUUUGCGGUGCGCAAAUGGCAUGGAUGGGCACUGUCCUCACUGGCGAGAUGAAACGCGGCUACUGCUGCAGUGAGGAGGACAAUGUCAAAUGGAGUCAAUGUGAAUGGCGCAAUGAUAUCAGCCCGGCCAAUCUUGCAAAGGAGGUUAAUGUUUAUUGUCAGCCCGGUUGUCCAAAUGACUAUGUGCGUGUUUCAAUCGACCAGUCUGGGGGAGACUGCAAAGGUGAUGGUGGCAGAGCCAGAGGUUGCCUUCCGAAAUAUGUGACUAUCGACAAGAGAUCAUACACUUCCAGUGAGGAUAAGCUUGAUCAGCUAGUCAAAGGAUUCAUGGAUGAUCCAAGUUGUGGACUUGAUGAUUAUACCAUGAAGGGGGAUCUUGUCAGCCUUGAGCAAUACACAGGUAAUAGCUCUUUUUUUGAUGCCCUCCAUUUGUCAACAAUACAACGGCGCGCAACAUUCAAGCAGCGAGAAGCCAUGCUGGAGGUCCUUGGCGGUCUUGUCAUGUCAUACAAAGGCAAUGCAGCAUAUGAAGAGAUUUGGAACAAGCGUGUGUAUCCGCGGAGUGGCGCUAUACGGGCGAAUGAUCCCAUCCUGGAUGAAGGCUAUGGAUAUGAUGAGCCUGACAAUUUUCUCAAUACUCAGAUCGCUGUAGUCACCCUUCCUUUGACACUUGUGAGUGGUUUUGAUAGUUCUCGAGGUCUUCGUCUCAAUCUAUCAUGGGAUAUUGACUUCGGUCAUCUAGUUGAGCAUGUAGUAGAGCUAUUCACCCCGAUUAAGUUUCUGAGAGACGUUACGCUAGGGCGACUUCACUCUUCAAGCCCGAUGAGUCUGGGUCGUAUUUCAGCGACCUUCGUCAGGCAAGCACUGAUGGCUCCCGUGUUCAAUAAUCCCCCAGUGAUGCCAGGUAGUGAUCAGUCUAUCGCUCCUAUAGAACGAAUUAUGCAGGCCUUAGGUAGCACCAGGAAUCGGCAGGACUUCAAGCUCUUGUUAAAAGACUUGAACGGUUUAAAACACCGGGUAUGCGAGUAUCCCGUGGUUCUAGAUGAAUGA